CUGUCCCUAAGCAUAAGGUAUAAGAACACUAUGGAGGAAGGAAAAGAAAUGGCAGGACACUGCUCAAGUCAUGUGGUUGAAGAAAAACUGGGUAUUUGCAUGAGCAAUGUUUCAGACUUUCCUCUUCUGACUGAUGAAAAGUUUGAUUUUGACCUUUCACUCUCUCCAGCAAGUGGAAAUGAAGAUGAAGUUUUUGUUGGACCUUUGGGACACAAAGAAAAAUGUAUUGCUGUCAAUAUCGAAGCAAAAAAAAGUGCUGAAAAAAAGAGCAUGCCUGCUUCUGAUGACAAACUCGUGUGGAGCCCACUUACAGGAGAGAAAUUUGUGGAAAUUUUCAAAGAAGCUCAUUUGUUAGCACUGCAAAUAGAGACUGUAAGCAAGAAUGAACAAACUAAAAUAAAUCAAUCAGAAGAACGGGAAAACAAGAUUACAGAAAAAUUUGUGGAGGACUCAAAGUCAAAAUUGAAAAUACUGAGAAACCAAAAUAUAGAGAAAAGCCCCAGGGCUAUUAAAAGGGAGACAUACUGUGUGUGGGAUAGCCCAGCAUGUCAGCUGCCACCUUGUUUUCAGAAGGAAUCGGAUAAACUCUUGUCAGAUGACAAAACACAUGCUCUUCAUACGCCUCCAACCAGAAGCCCCGUUAAAAUUCGUGUAUCUCCUACAAAAAUUGCCAGUUCACCUUUGACACAAGAACAGAAAACUAAGGAAAGAAAUACGAAGGCAACUGGCAAACUGACAAUGACAAAACCUUCAUCUGCUCUUGAAAAAAGCAAUUUGACUGUUGAAAAGUCCAAACCAGGAAAACAAACUAGUAUUUCUACAAAAAGAGACAUGAAGAGCAUGGGAUCAUCUGAAGAUCUAAUUUCUGAUAAAUCUAGUGCUGCUUCAGAGGUCUUUGAGUCUUCGUUCAGCAGCAGUUCCUCAACACAAGAGAAAAAAGCCCUUCCUGCACCAAGUAAGCCUGGCUUAAAGAAGAUGACACAUUUGAAGCUUCCUGGUGUUGCCAGUGGUCUCACAAGAAAGACUACAUCAUCAGUUUCCAGCAUGAACUCGAGCCUGAAUUCAAGUUUACCCAUUUCUCCCAUAGGAAAAAAUGGAAAAUCAAGCAUGCCUUCAAAAGCUAGUAUGAGUGGCUCUAAGCUUUCACCUAGUACAAACAGACUGGCCCUUGUCAGACCUACCAGGGUGUCAUCUCUGCAGGCUGCCAAUACUGAGAAAUCCAGUAAGAAAGCAAGAUCACCUAGUACUCCCAAAAUGUCUAGUGCUGUAAGCUUGGCUAAAUCUUCAGCUUCUGCAACAUCAUCUGAGACUGUAGGCAGUGGCAUUCAGAGGCUGGGCACUGUUCCCAGUCUGCUGAAGCUAUGUCAGCAGAGUAAAGAUGGAAGUGCAACAAAAGGAAGCCUGUGUCCAAAGCCCAAGGCUAGAGUUUUGUCCGUUCCAACAAGUCAAACUAAGGUUCCAGUGAAGACUGGAGAUACACCACUAAAAAAAUCAGCACCAAAAGCAACACCAUCUCUUCAGUUAACAUUUUGUGACACAUUUGGAAG